GGUCAUUUGCGUAGCCGCCUCCUCAUUGUCAAAGCCAUGGCGACCAAGCCGGUUAAGUCCCUCGAGUCCGAGGAGCAACGCCUCCACCGCAUUCGCAUCACCCUUAGCAGCCGUGACGUCCGUGCCCUCGAGAAAGUCUGCACCGACCUGGUGACUGGUGCCAAGGCUAAGGAGUUGAAAGUUGCUGGACCUGUCC